AAAAUUUUGAAGAAUUGAACUUUAGGUUACUAGAGGAACAAUGUUGAAGUAGGAGGUAAUUGAGCAAGUGACAUUUGAGCUAUAGCUUAUGGGCUUAUAAUCUAGAGGAGCAAUAUUGAAGUAGUGUAGCUGGGGAGAUGUUUUGAGUGGGUUUCUGUCUUUCUGCUAAGGUGUCUAGCGUGUGCUGCUGCUUGGCCUCUUGUGAUGAAUGACAUAAGUAAUGGAAUGGUACUUGAGUGUAGAUUAUGUUCAUUGGACUUAUUUGCCAGGUAAUCAUAAUCCAUUGCCUGAAGGAUUAGGUGCUGCAAUAGACUAUAUGCCUCCUUCAUAGUGCUAUCUCCACUUAUGUCUGGUGGGUUUAUAGUGUGAGUGCCUUUUGAGUUGCUUCUUGUAGUAUAAAUCAGGAAGCUGAGCAAGUGUUUCUUCAUUAGAUUGAGGAAAUGGAAGCUGCAAUGAAGAACAUUUGCCUUGUUGCUUUCGUUGUCCUUCUGGGUGUUGCUCAGUUCAAUGCGGCUUAUGGGGCUGGUGAAUGUGGAAAAUCUAGCCCUGACAGUGAGGCUUGGAAGCUGAUUCCGUGUGCAUCAGCAGCACAAAGUGAGAAUGCUGCAGUUUCUGCUAAGUGCUGCACUCAGGUAAAGAGGAUAGGUCAGAACCCGAGCUGCCUCUGUGCCGUGAUGCUUUCUAAUACUGCAAAGAGUUCAGGAGUGAAACCAGAAAUUGCUAUUACUAUUCCAAAACGUUGUAACAUUCCUGAUCGUCCUAUUGGCUACAAGUGCGGAGCCUAUACAUUACCCUGAAGAGUGAAGACUGUCCAAGAAGUGCUGGAGAUUGUAUCACACUGCCUCAGUUACUACUUGUAGCUUUUUACUAUGAUGAUAUCCAGACACCUGAAAUAAUAAAUAAUGGUGUUUGUGUUCAAGUUUAA